CCUCUGUAUAGUAAGGAAGUCUGAGUUUACAGUAACGUCACAGUAUCGUAGGUUUUUUAGAGUCGCUCUUCUGCAUCUUUGAAGGUAAUUUUCUAGUACGUAUACGUGUCUAUCUUGUCCGAACGUAGACAAAAAAACAUCAAUCGUCGACGUAAAGCAUCUUCACGGCACCAAAAACAAAAUCAUGGCUUUACCAACAGACGAGGGAGCCGAACUGGUCAAAAUGGCAGGCUACGUGCUUGUCGGCUUCAAAUCCCUUCCAGAAGGAUCAGAUUCAGACGCCUCUUUCGCAGCCUUGGUUGAUGAGCAAUUAAAAUUAAGGCUUCAUCCCCUAAUGAAUCCAUCUUUAUGAAAGACAUCGAUCCUGAGAAAGUCUGUUUUUUAGGGGAGAAGGCGUCUGGGAUGCAUUUCGAGAUGGAUUAGGGUGACCUCUAACAAAAGCCGAUAUCAAAACCGCAGAUGGUGGCCAAUGUUUGUUUGCGGGCAAGCCUUAUGGUGUAUACGAAACGGCUUGCACUGGACCGCCACAUUGCUGCGUCUUCAAAUUUGCAAGCAAAGAGGCUGCGACGGGAUUUGUGACCAGUAAUGUUAAGACUAGUUUAUCGCUAUCCCACGUGGAGUACUAUGCUGAGUGGCGUCCCCCUUGAUUUCAAGGGGAAACAAUGGGGGACACAGGGCACCUCGCUCAACCAGGGAUAGAGAACAACAGGCGCUAAUAAUGGGAAACUAACGGAUCAAACGUUUUUGUCCCAUGUGGACAUGCGUUGUUUUGAAGGUCCUGAAGAUUUAUUCAGUGAAGGUCCAGGCAAUGCCUACUGGUGCGCUUGGAUUGGCGAUGUCGUGGAUGUUGAGAAAUUGAUGGAAUAUGUGGGGCCGUCGAUGAUUAAGGCGUGCUUAGAUUUUGAACAACAGUAACAGUUUUAGAAUCAACGCCUUCUAGUUCUAUCUGAGAAAUUUCAACAAUGUAGGACUCGAACUCAAGAAUGCUACUUGCAUAGUAGCGACGCAGUACUGCUACUGCUUGUACAUACUUACAAGGUAAAUACCUACUGUAUUAUUCCUAACUACUGGAUUCUUCCAUCUCUAACCCCAAAGCAAGUGACGCUGGUUAUCCUUGUGUACAAGACGACGGCUCUGUAGAAAAAAUGACCUGGGCCAUCAAGCAUUUGGGCGUUUCGGACGGCUACGGCAAAACGAGGGAAAUUGUUCCUGCAAAGGGGGAAGGCAAAGUGUUCAUCAUGCCGCAUGCAACUUUAUGGAAGAAAUUCUUGCGUAAGCAGGCAGUCUGGCUUGUGAAUUCAGUAUAAAAAUCUACUUAUACUUCUAGUUCAGACAAAAAUCCGGCGAGAUCGUACGCGUUGCCCGGAGCGCAUCAAUACAAACAAACAAAACUCGUGGUAUACUAGUGGAAUCGAAAUAUUACAUACGUGUUUGCAUGUGGAGUUUCACCUGACGAACGUUGUCCUCCCGGUCUCUCUUACCUUAAUACACCUGCAAAGUUCCACCUGACGAACGUUGUCCUCCCGGUCUCUCUUACCUUGAUACAUCUGCAAAGUUCCACCUGACGAACGUUGUCCUCCCGGUCUCUCUUACCUUAAUAGUGUAUUAAAUACACCUUCCAGAUUUGUUACAACUUGAACUUCAACAUCUUCCUUUUCCGCUCCUUCUUCUACUUACAACAUCUUCCAUCUCCCCUACUUUCUUCAUAUCUCACCGACAACGCUUGUGUUGCUGUUUUAGGGCUUGGCAAGACAGGAAAACGGGUCCGCGAAACCACCGAGUACAAAAAUACCUUGAUCGCGCCGUAUGGAGUCGAGUACACGACGGAAGAGGAAUACGAAAAAUUGACCCAGAAAUUUAUGGACGAAGUGUUAAAACGGGAUUUGAGGAUUAUAGUGCUUUGAGCGCUUACUGUUUACAUGAAUGUUUACGGCUAUGAAAUAGACCAUUAACCUCUUGCGUCCUUUGUGUUGAGGUGGACUGACUGGUGACGAUCGAUCUGUCUACCUGACGUGAUUGAAAAGUAAAGUAGAUACAUAGAUGACGGAUUUGGGUCGUAACGUUCACGAUGCGGUGCUUGUGCUUUGGUUCUUUAAGCAUCUUUUACUAUAGGUGACAAACAAAAAUACUGGAUUUGAAGUGACUUCUAGCGUAAAUGAGAUAUCUCUGGUUUGAAUGUGCAUAGAUGGUGUAAAAAUUUAGCGUGUUUUCUCCGAUACUGUACACUGAUAAAUCCCUGUGCUUGGUUUUUCAAGAAAGAAUAAAGCUGAACGCCUGGUAUUUGAUGUACAAGAGUUCAAAAAAAAUGCAACGAGUAAUCAGUCGAUGAAAUAUACCUGCUGUUGCUUUGGCGGCAAGUAUGGACUAUCUGAAGCGCAGAAUAAACAUGAAAAUCGCGUGUGACGCUUGACUGAUUUAUUUCGAAUACAGGGUGAAAGUGAAGCAAU